AUGAUAUCAGAUCUAAGUAUAAAAGAAAUUCCAUUACUUGAACUACUGAGGAAAGGUGUAAAAUGGAAAUGGGACCAGCGAAGAGAACUAGCAUUCCAAGAAAUCAAAAACAUUUUUCUGUCAAAUUUAAAAAUAUACCAUCCUGACUAUACAAAGCCAUUCAUAUUAAGAACAGAUGCCUCAAUAGAAAGAUUAUCAGGGGUAUUACUACAGAUACAUGAUGGGGUCGAAUACCCGAUACAAUUCAUAUCAAGAAUUACAAAGCCACAUGAGAAAGGUUAUUCAGUGUCAGAACUAGAACUAGCUAGUAUCAUACACUGUGUCACAAAAUUAAGAUUUUAUUUGUUGGGUAAGGAAUUUACUAUAGAAACAGAUCACCAAGCUUUAACAUCUAUAUUAAAUAACAAAUAUGGAAACAGUCGAAUACAUCGUUGGAGCCUAAUACUGAGUGAAUACAGUUUUGAAAUCAAAUACAUUUCUGGAAAAUCCAACAUAGUGGCAGAUGCUUUGUCAAGGUUAGAAAAUACAUCACAAAAAAGGCAGCGAACAAUAAAAAUUGGAUUAAAUCGGUUGGUAGAAAACACUGGAUUAUAUUCUAAAGAAGAAAUCAUAAGAAAUCAAAUAAAUUUGGAUGAAAAACAAAAAGUCCUUAAGAAAAAUGGGGUGUUUUAUAAAAUAAUUAUUGGCUUAGAAGUGUAUGUAAUAAGUAGAAUUUUGGCAAGAAAGAUAUUGAAAGAUUUACAUAAAAGUUACAUGCAUAUUGGUUCAAGAAAACUUUGGAUGUUAUUUAGAGAUAAUUAUUUUGCAAAGAAUGACAUAAGUAUAGCAAAAGAAAUUACUACACAAUGCCAAAUAUGUCAAAUAAACAAAGAAAAGAAUUUCAAAAACCAGAACACAUAUAAAUCCAAUGUUGCUUAUGAAAAACUAAAUACAGUUGCCAUGGAUUUCAUCUCAAAUUUAGUUCCCAGUCCAAAAGGAAACAAACAUAUAUUAGUGAUAGUUGAUUUAUAUACAAAAUUUAUUAAACUAUAUCCAUGCUCAAGAACAAAUGUUAAAACAUUGAAAUUAUGUAUUAAUCAGUUUUUCGAAGAAAUAGGACCAUUUAGAAAUUGUAUAAUAGAUAAUGCUACAUAUUUUAACAAUCAAAAAUUUCAGACGUUUUGUGAGAAAAAGGGGAUCAACAUUCAUUUUACAAGUAUUAGACAUCCUCAAGCAAAUCCUGCAGAAAGAUAUAUAAAAAAAGUUAUAAAAUAUUUAAGGAUAUUAUGCCAAGGUGAACAGGUCACAUGGCAGGAUUAUAUCGAAGAAGUGGAAUAUUUUUUAAAUAAUACACAUAAUUUAAACACAGAGGAAGUACCAGAAUAUUUAAUGUUUGAUCAUAUAGGAAAUAGAAAGUGGAUUUCUGAGUGUACACAAGAUAUGUUAGAACAAGUCAUGCAAAAGGUGAACAGAAGAAUUCAAAGAAAGGCUGAAAAAUAUAUCAGAAGACAAAAUCGAACAAUUAAAAAACCAAUCACAUUUCAAAAAGGAGACAAAGUUUUAAUUCGUUCACUUAGACAAGGAAAUUUAAGAGAAAACCGUUGUAAGAAAUUACAACCACUGUUUGAAGGUCCAUACAUAGUUCAAAACCAAAAUGGACUGAACAGCUAUGUGUUGAUAGAUGCAUGGAAUAAACUAAGAGGAAUUUUUCAUAUUAAUGACAUUUUUAAAUAUUUUGAAGAGGUGGAAUGUUUUAUAUACAUUUAA